UUGCACAAUCUACUAGCAGAGGUUAUGCGGCGCCUGAACGUGAUCAUGGCAGAAUCACUGGGCCUCGUCUCCAUCUGCCUUUUAGGAUAUCUACUCAGUGCGGAAUGUACAGUUUUCCUUGAUCGUGAAAAUGCCACCAAAAUUCUGCAUCGGCCAAAGAGGUAUAAUUCAGGCAAACUGGAAGAGUUUGUUCGAGGGAAUCUUGAGAGAGAAUGUAUAGAAGAAAAGUGUAGUUUUGAAGAAGCACGAGAAGUUUUUGAAAACACUGAGAAAACUAAUGAAUUUUGGAAGCAAUAUGUUGAUGGAGAUCAGUGCGAGCCCAAUCCAUGCUUAAACGGCGGCCUGUGCAAGGAUGACAUUAAUUCCUACGAAUGUUGGUGUCAAGUUGGAUUUGAAGGAAAGAACUGUGAAUUAGUGCCAUUUCCAUGCGGAAGAGUUUCUGUCUCACACAGUCCUACGACGCUCACCCGUGCUGAGAUUAUUUUUUCCAACAUGGACUAUGAAAAUUCUACUGAAGUUGAACCAAUUUUGGAUAGCCUCACUGAAAGCAACCAAUCAUCUGACGACUUUAUUCGAAUUGUUGGUGGAGAAAACGCCAAACCAGGUCAAUUCCCUUGGCAGGUCCUUCUGAAUGGUAAAAUUGAUGCAUUCUGUGGCGGUUCCAUCAUUAAUGAAAAGUGGGUUGUAACGGCAGCCCACUGCAUCGAACCUGGUGUUAAAAUUACUGUCGUUGCAGGUGAGUAUAACACCGAGGAGACAGAACCUACAGAGCAAAGGCGAAAUGUGAUCCGUGCCAUUCCCCACCACAGCUACAAUGCCACCGUGAAUAAGUACAGCCAUGACAUUGCCCUCCUGGAACUGGAUGAACCCUUGACGCUGAACAGCUACGUAACCCCUAUUUGCAUUGCCGACAAGGAGUACACCAACAUCUUCCUCAAAUUUGGAUCUGGCUAUGUGAGUGGCUGGGGGAGAGUCUUCAACAGAGGGCGGUCGGCUACGAUUCUUCAGUACCUGAAGGUUCCACUCGUGGACCGAGCUACCUGCCUCCGGUCCACGAAGUUCACCAUCUAUAGUAACAUGUUCUGUGCCGGCUUCCAUGAGGGAGGUAAAGAUUCCUGCCAAGGAGAUAGCGGGGGCCCCCAUGUUACCGAGGUGGAAGGUACCAGUUUCUUAACUGGAAUUAUUAGCUGGGGUGAAGAGUGUGCAGUGAAGGGAAAAUAUGGAAUAUAUACCAAGGUAUCCCGGUAUGUCAACUGGAUUAAGGAAAAAACAAAGCUCACUUAAAGAAAAAUGUAUUUCCAAGGUUGACAGAUUUGGGAUUGAAAAUGGACAGGGUCCUUUACUAACUAAUCGCUUUCCUAUCUCUUUAAAUGUCAAUAUAUACAUUCUAUGACUACUGCUUUUUCUCUUUACUGGGAGAAGUCUAGCUAGAAUUCCUGUGUCACCAGAACAAGGAGAUUAAAAAUGUAAUCGCUAGAGAAACAUGCUGUCGUAGGAAAGGGCAACCAUUUCUCCAGGUCCAGCUCCUGAUAAAAUUGUUGUAAGUUCUUCCCUCUGCUCAUCAGACGUUAUGUUUCUCCACUUGGGCACCCCCUGCUUCUCCAUCCUUAGCAGCAUUCCAUGUGCCACAUCUUUCUUACCUCUCCCGCCAAAUCGUCCAGACGUACUGGAUCUGUAUCCAAGACUUUUGGUCUAGCCCAUCACAAAGCCAGCACCACACUCAUACAGGAAGAACACAGGGGCAGCAGACAGGUGCAAACAUCAGAAACGCUGCAUCUUUCUCGGUACCCUUGGUCCUGCAUCUGCUAUCUUUUCCAACUCCUAACCCCCAAGUCAGUUUUUCUCUUUCUCUCUCCCUCCCUGCCCUUUUCCUUUCCUAGGCAUUAAAGGAGGGAAGGGGAGCAUCAUACUGUUUUACUGCUGUACACAAUGAUGCAAACCUAUCAAACCCAGUCUUGCUUUCAAUUUGUUCUUGGACUUGCUGUUCAUAGCACAGGGAUGAAGUAAGGUGCCUGAACUUGGAGGAAAAGUUCCUCUUGGAGAGUCACAUUAUUCAAAUACAUAUAUAAUGGAAGGAAUGACGCAUCAGAAUAGUUUCCUAAGAGCUUGUAAUUGUGUUGUUAUGGAGGUUUCACUGGAAUGAUUCCAUGAAAGCAAACUGGAUGUCAUUGUAACGAAGAAAGCUGACAUUGACCCGGGUGUAGUGUCCCCUGUCAGAACAGUCAGUCUGCAACCAGAGCUAGUAGAGCCAUCAAGGAAUUCAUCGGUGUGUCUCCAGUGCUGUCCAAGGUUAGGGAAGAAGUUGCCCAGCCAGAGAACGUGGGCAUCACACUUGCUCAACUGGUGUAUCCCCACAACAGAGCGGGCUGCGUUCCAAGGAGCCAAUGAACUCCCCUUUUCUGGUUCCACGCUCGUCGAGCCACUUUCUGAUAAUAAUUGGGGCUUUGAUACUGUAUUUUCUAGAGAGUGGCUGACCAAUCAACACAUCAAUCAAUCACAUCCGUACUUCAAUCUGUUAGACUAUUUCCCUUUAUGAAUUAAACUGGUGUUCUGAUUCAGACCUCGGCUUUUUGUGAUUUGGGUUGAUAUGAAUCAUUUGCCUUGCAUGUGAUGACAUGUGGAACUACUGACAAAAUCACGUUUCGGACCACUUUGACCUCGCCAAGCUGCCGCUUCCCCUGCCCUCAUCUCACUCCCCCAGCCAAGGCCUCACAUUUGCUGAUUUCAAGUUCUCUAGUUAAUCCCCUUUUACUUUAGUCUUUCAAGCAUAAGUAUCAAUAAAUGUGUUUUUCAAGUUCUCAAAAA